AUGGCAUCACCUGCGCGCCGAACUCGCCGCAACUUGACGUACGGGGAGAAGCUAGCGAUCAUCCAGAAGAAGGAGGAGGAGCCCUCAUGGACGCAGCGCAACUUGGCGCUUUGGGCGAAGGAGGCGUUCGGCCUGGAAAGCAAGCCUACACAGGCCACCAUCUCCAAUUUGCUACGGGACAAGGACAAACUGCUGAGCACCGCGGUGCCGCCCGGAUUCCGCGCCGCGCGAAAAGUAAAAUAUCCUGAACUAGACCAGACGAUACUGCGCUGGGUGCACGAGGAAAUGGAGCGCGGCGGGUGCAUGACGCGCGCCGCCGUCCAGACCAAGGCCAUGGAAAUGGCGCAAGAGAUGCAGUUGCCCUCGGACAUGAGCUUCUCCAAGGGAUGGGUCAGCAGCUUUAUGAGCAGGCACCAACUUAACUUCUCGAAGAGGAAUGGGACUAGACAGAACAUGCUGGCAGUCACGACCGAGGCAGUCAAUAGGACGGAGCACGUUCAGGUACAGCAGGUCCAGGAGGAGACAGACGAAGAAGAGGAAGAUGUAGAAGAGCCGGUGGCGGAGGUGGAGGUGGACAACUCAGUGGAAGUGGAGGGGGACCAGGCUGAGGACGUACAGGAAAAUAGGAUGGAGGUGGAGACGUCGACGUCCAAUGUGACGGACGACCCACCGAGACAGAGUGUGAAGCGGAGACGAGUGGAAGGAGGCGUUGAUAGUGCUUGGCUGUCAAGGGAAGAGGAUGAACGAGCGAUGGUGGAGUUGUUGCUGAACUGGAUAGCGGUGCCUGGCAGUUAUUCGAGAUGGUGGUUGCUGAAGAGCGACGAGGAGAAGCAGCCACUGUGUGAUGAGAUUAAACUGUUCCUGCGAUCGCAUGGACGGCAUGGAAUAGAAAGUGUGGAUAUUCGACAACAGCUCACGACAUUCGUGACGACGUUCCAGGCGGCACAUACCUGGUUAAGACAGGCGAGGGUGGAAUACCCGCUGAAUGUUGAGAAUAUGACGUUGGAGCAGGAGGGGAUUAAGAGCCAUGUACUGCAAAUGUGCCCACACUACGAGAGACUAGUAGGAGUGCUAGCUCCGUACGUGAAGUAUGACGAUAGCACGGCAAGGACUGACACCCCUGCAACAGCAACGGUCCAAGCCGCGACACCUUCGAAUAAUGAUACUCCUUUACAAUCACGUGAUACGAGCGUUGCUGUUAAUACGCCCACGAAGGAAGCCGAGAGUUCAAGGCGGCAAAGCACCGAGUCCAAUACGGAUGACAAUAUCGAUGACGAGACCAAGGCGCAGAAGCGGCAUCUGUUUGAAUUGGAAUGUGCGCGACUCCAAUCCGAGAUUGAGACCAGGAAUGUUCAACUGGUACUAGAGAAAACUUUGGCACGAAAGAAGCUGCUGGAUGCGGGUAUCUCUCUCGAAGAAGUGGACAGGAUUUUCCCCAUGUGA